AUGAAAGGCAUAAGAAUUGGUCUUACCUUGCUUUUUGGCUUGGCAAAAACAUCUCUCGGAUCCGUUUUUCACCAUGACAACACCUUUCAACCGGAUCAUAUCCUGCGAGUCACGGCUGGAAACUAUACCGAAUCAUGUAUGACCAGAUAUUCAGUCCUUGUCAAUGGAUCAUCACCCGGUCCAGAGCUGCGUCUCAAGGAGGGACAGGUGAAUUGGAUCCGCGUAUAUAAUGACAUGAAGACUGAGAACACCACGAUACACUGGCACGGCCUCACGGCUUUUACGGCUCCAUUCUCUGAUGGUGCCCCUGCGGCAAGUCAGUGGCCUAUUCCUGCAGGUCACUUCUUUGACUACGAAGUGAAACCCGAAAUUGGUACUGCGGGAACCUAUUUUUAUCAUUCCCACGUUGGAUUUCAAGCUGUCACUGCUAAGGGCCCGCUGAUUGUGGAUUCAUGCGACCCUCCGCCAUCCCAUUACGACGAGGAACGUACGAUCUUGCUAUCUGACUUCUUCAAUGAGACUGACAAGCACAUUAUCGACGGACUCACAUCCACCAACUUCACAUGGAGUGGAGAGACCAAGGCAAUCUUGGUGAAUGGACGCAGUCGCCAGGCAACCAAUGAUACAGGCUCCUGCCAACUGGCUUCGAUUUCUAUCGAACCGGGCCUAUCUUAUCGAUUGAGAUUCAUUGGUGCCACCGCUUUAUCAUUUAUUUCUCUCGCCAUUGAGAGCCACGAUGUCACUAUCAUCGAGGCGGACGGCCACAAUACCAAGCCUCUGAAUACCAGCUUCUUGCAAAUUGGUAGCGGUCAGAGAUAUAGCGUACUGUUGACUGCAAAGUCCGAAGCAGAGUUGAAAAAAGCCACAAAACGGCACUUCUAUAUUCAACUUACGACUCUAGCAAGACCAACGACUUUAACAAACUUUGCCGUCCUGCAAUACUCGGGCGGGACUGAUGCCGAUUUGAAGACUGUUCCCUCGCCGCCACCACUACCUGUGGCGGAGAUUGCUCAAGGUUGGCUUGAUUAUGAAUUAGAAUCGUUGCACCCAGAUCACGGAUUCCCCAAACUGGAGGAAGUCUCACGCAGAAUCAUUAUCGAUGUUCACCAGAAUGUCAGUGACCAUACUAUUUGGCUCCAAAACGGAUACGACUGGGUGCAAAACUUUCCACAAUCGCCAUACCUGAUCGACAUAUAUAAUGGAAACCUUGACACCCAUGCCACUUAUCAACGAGCGACCGCUCGUGGUAAUGGAUUCGACAACAUCACUCGCACUUUCCCCGCCAAAAUCGGCGAAGUCAUCGAAAUCGUCUGGCAGAACCAAGGCACCUUCAACAACGGGGGUGUUGAUGCCCACCCUUUCCACGCUCACGGCAGACACUACUAUGAUAUCGGGGGAGGCGAUGGGCAGUACAAUGCAACCGCUAAUGAGAAACUCCUCGGUUCUUAUCGCCCAGUCCAACGUGACACCUCUGUGCUUUACAGAUACCGGGAGAAGACGAAGCCUCUCGCCCCGUCUGGGUGGCGAGCUUGGCGGAUAAGAAUCACCGAUGCAGGUGUCUGGAUGUACCAUUGCCAUAUCCUUCAGCAUAUGGUCAUGGGAAUGCAGACUGUUUUUACAUUUGGGGAUCGGGAGGAUAUUUUGUUGCAAUCAGGGCCUGUUGAGUCUGGGUAUCUGACUUAUGGAGGCUCGGCGUAUGGAAAUGCCACACAUUCGCCAGUUGUGCGACACUUUUACGAAUAG